AUGGCAGAUAAAAUUACUACUGCAGCAGCUACUGUUGUUGAUGUUUAUGAUUGCAGUAACUCUGAACCUAUUGAAAGUUUCGAGAGGCUAUCAAGGUUGAGUAACUUGGAGGAAUUGCAUUUAGGAUUCAACAACUUCAACAACAGUAUCUUAUCAUCUCUAACUAGUGUCUCCUCAUUAAAGUAUUUAUAUCUAUAUGAAAAUGGAUUUGAAGGAGUUGUUAAUAUUGAAGGUUUGAGUAACCUGGAGUCAAUCGAUUUAAGUGAUAACAAGCUCAACAAUAGCAUAUUAUCAUCUUUGGAUGGUUUUUCUUCAUUAAAAUCUUUGUAUCUAUAUGAUAUUGGAUUGAACGGAACUGUUGAUCUUGAAGGAUUACAAUCCUUGGAAAACUUAGAAGAGCUGCACAUUGGCAGGAAUAGGAUUGACAAAUUUGUCAAUUCCAAAGGUUAUAGAGGCUUGAAGAAGUUGAAUACCCUUGAUCUAUGGAGUGGUAUUGAAACCACUGAUGCAACUAUUUUUCUACAGUCAACAUUGAGGUUGUUCCCCUUCUUAAAGACACUUGACCUUUCAUAUAAUAGUUUUAAUCGAACAAUGAUUACUCAAGAGUUGCAUAAUUUGACAACCUUGGAAGAAUUGAACUUGGAUGAGUCAAAGCUCCAUAUAAGUUUUCUACAAACUGUUGCAACUUGUGCUUCACUGAAACAUUUGUCAAUGAUCGGUUGUGAACUCAAUGGCAUCUCAGAAGUUCAAGGUCCUAUUAAUUUCAAGAGUUUAGAAAGUUUAUUUAUGAACGGGACUACUUUCAACAAUAGUUUCCGUCAAAUCAUUAGACCGAUAGCUACUCUGAAGAAGUUAUCAUUGCAGAAUUGUGGACUCAAUGGCACAUUACAUGAUCAAGGUUUGUGUGAGAUGGUGCAUUUGGAAGAGUUAGAUAUUAGCUAUAAUGCUUUACGGGAUACAUUGUCUCCGUGCUUAGCCAAUUUGACUUCACUUCAAUCAUUAGACAUAUCUUCCAAUCAAAUUACUGGAAACCUCUCUUCAUCUCCCCUUAAAGAUAUGACAUCUCUUAGAGUCCUCCGAAUUUCAAACAAUCUCCUCCAAAUCCCAAUUUCACUCACACCACUCUACAACCUAUCAAAACUAAAAGAAUUCGAGAGCUCCAAUAACCAGAUGUAUAUAGAAACAAUGCCACAUUCUUGGACCCCAAAAUUCCAAUUAAAUUCCAUCACUUUGUCUGGUUAUACUUAUGGAUAUGGUGCUACAUUUCCAAGAUUUCUUUAUCAUCAAUAUGAUUUGCAAGUUGUUUAUCUCUUUGACAUCAAAUUGAAUGGAGAAUUCCCAAAUUGGUUGAUAGAGAACAAUACAAAGUUGGAAAGACUUUAUCUAUCAAAUAAUUCUCUUUCUGGGCCUUUUUUAUUGCCAACACAUUCUCACAUGAGUUUAACAAUAUUAGAUAUCUCUAUCAAUUCCUUCAGUGGACAAAUUCCUAUUGAAGUUGGCGCAUUUUUCCCGAGGCUAGAAUAUUUAAACAUUUCCAGAAAUGCUUUGAAUGGUAGCAUUCCCUCUUCUUUUGGAGAUAUGAGCUCAUUGUACAUGCUGGAUCUAUCACACAAUCAGUUGUCUGGUGAAAUACCUGAGCACUUAAAUAUAGGUUGUUUCUAUCUUCAAUAUCUUGUGUUGUCAAACAAUAGUUUGGAAGGUCCUGUAUUCUCCAAAAUAAUUAACCUGACAAACUUGGUGUGGUUAUACCUGGAUAGUAAUAACUUCAUUGGAAAGGUCCUAUAG